AUCGCAAAUUUAUUUACAUUUACCACAUCUACAAUGUGAUUGUGAUUCUAAUAUUGUAACAGUUGAAUGCGGGUGCCGAUAAAUUGGAUAAAUUAUUUUCCGACAGUUCAAUUAAUAAUUACGUUCCAUAAUGGCUUCAAACGUUAUGAUACGGCUUGCAUCUGACAGGGUAAAUGUGUCCUUGCUUUCAGGAGAUAGCAAUCCGCGACUUUUUACACCAGGUGAAGUGAUAACGUCUCAACAAGGAUUCAUGCGAGGUCAUGGAACCUACAUGGAAGAUGAAGAUAUCAAGUCUUCAGUUGCCGGUGUGAUGGUUCAAGUGAACAAACUGAUUACGGUUAAACCUCUGAAAGGUCGUUAUGUGGGUGAAAUCGGCGACGUUAUAGUGGCUCGUGUUACCGACGUCCAACAGAAACGCUGGAAGGUUGAUACAAACUCUAGACUGGACUCGGUUCUUUUGCUUUCGUCAGUUAAUUUGCCCGGCGGAGAACUACGUCGCCGAGGAGUCGAAGAUGAGCAGCAAAUGCGCAAAUACCUCCAGGAGGGAGACCUUAUUUCGGCUGAAGUGCAAAAUGUGCACUCCGAUGGAGUGUUGUCACUUCACACGAGAAGUUUAAAAUAUGGAAAGUUGGGUCAAGGAAUACUUGUUAAAGUUUUUCCUUCUUUGAUCAAGCGUAGAAAAACACAUUUCCAUAAUCUUCCCUGUGGUGCAUCUAUUAUCCUAGGAAAUAACGGAUUUAUUUGGAUAUCACCUAUGGUGAACACCGAAGGAGAAGGAGGUGGUGGCUUUACCCAGAACCUAGAAGAAUCUGUAUCGAAGCAGGAUAGAGAAGUAAUUUCACGGCUGAGAAAUUGUGUACUGGCGUUAGCAAAUUGCAAAAUGCUUUUGUACGAUACCAGUAUUCUAUAUGCUUACGAGGAGUCGCUCAAAUACGAAGUCCAUGAAUUACUGCACCAGGAAGCCAUGUUCGACAUCGCCUUUUUGACACAACACAAGCUACGGCUACAAGAGUAAUGGACGUAAUACUAUUUAAUAAAAAAAAUUAUGUUGAA